AUGCAAGGGGAAGAGGAGAAUACAAAUAUCACAAAAAUCCAAAUUUCCUUUGUAGCAACCAUGAGUUCCGUGGGUGUAUUUCGUAAGGAGGAAAUCGAUGGAAACCCAUAUUUUGUGAUAUUAACAGAAACAAAAGUUGAUCAAAAAAGAAGAAAAAAAACAUAUUUUUUAUGUCCUGCUGCACGUAUAAAAUAUCUAAAGUUCAAACGAAAGAUGCUCGAGAAUUAUGAUUAUGGUGACGAUAACGAAGACGACGAUAAUGAUGCUGACGAAGAUGCCAAAGAAGAUGGCGAUGGUCAUGACAAGCUGUAUCCAUUCAAUUCUUCCUCUCACUUCCCCAACACAAGACGCGGUGAUCGACAAGGCAAAUCUUUGCUUGACUGCUACCUCCCUGGAAUCUGUAAGAACCCCGUAGUUCCUCUUUUCAGGUACAACGAUAAAGAACCUUAUUGUCACAUAUCCCAGUGCGGUGCAUGCAAAGGGAAAAUGCUCGACACAAGCAAAGAUUAUGCAUGUCUCCAAUGUCAAAGAAAGUUCCACAGAGAAUGUGUUGAGUCUCCACUUGAGAUCAAACACCCUUCCCACCCCUUUCAUUCUCUUCGACUUUACGGUCUUCCAACGUUUCAGAAGUGCUUUUGUUGUGAAACAUCUCUCUACGACAUGUUUUAUCAUUGUGCUACCUGCGAUUUGAGUAUGAGUCCGGUCUGUGCGUUGAAGCCGGUACCCAUUGUCAUAGAACAAUCAAGAAGUCAUCACCAUCCUCUCACCUUUUUCCCUGCACAAGCUUUAAUUUGCCAUAUAUGCGCCGUGAUUAAGAAGUUUGAUCCCGCAUACAUCUGUGUCCAAUGCGUCUUUGUCGUCCACAAAAACUGUAUCGGUUUUCCACAUGUCAUAAGAAUAUCACGUCACUCUCAUCGUAUCUCUUUUACGUCUUCUCUUCCAUCUAGAAAGCUGUCAUGCGGAGUCUGUCGGAAACAAGUUGACAACAAAUAUGGUGCAUACUCUUGCCUUGAAUGUGAUGCUUAUUUUGUUCAUUCAAGUUGUGCAACACAUCCAAAGGUGUGGGAUGGAAAAGAACUCGAAGGAGUACCAGAAGAAGAUGAUAUAAUAGACGAUGGUGAGCCGUUCGAGAGAAUAGCUGAUGGAAUAAUACUCCAUCCGUUUCAUAGUCACCAUCUACGACUUGAGAUCAGCAUAGCUUAUGAUGCAAAUAAGUAUUGUCGAGGGUGUGCCCUUCCAAUCUAUGAAGGUCAAUUCUAUUCAUGCAUGGAAUGCGACUUCAUCCUCCACGAAAGCUGUGCAAAUGCUCCGCGCAUGAAACGACAUCCUUUAUAUCCACAUCCUCUUACACUAAAAGUUGCCAAGCAUAAUAUUGACGGAGGUAUAUUUCAUUGUAGCGAAUGCAGGCGUGUUGGUAAUGGCUUCUUCUAUGAGUGUGGUAAAGAGAAUAAUAUCGUCCAGCUAGACUUACGAUGUGCCUCGAUUAUCGAACCAUUUGAUUAUCAAGGUCAUGAGCAUCCCUUGUUCCUACCCUGGGAAACAGAGAAAGAGACACGAUGUCAAAUGUGCAAAUACGACAGCGGCCAUUCAAAGUUAAUUUGCAUGGACUGCGAUUAUUCUAUAUGUUUCCGGUGUGCUACAUUCCCAUACAUGGCAAGGUAUAAGCAUGACAGUCAUUUUCUCACAAUUUCCAAUGGGAAAGAGGAAAGUGAUCAGCAAGAUUGGUGUGAGAUUUGUGAACGCAAAAUAGUAAAAGUAAAAGAAAGAGGGAAUGUGCUGUGGAAUCAGAAAGAAGCAUUGCGAUAUAGAUGCAAUGUUUGCUGCACCACUCUUCACAUAGAUUGUUUACACGGGAAAGAGAUGUACAUCAAACCUCGGGAAACAGAACGAGAUCAUCUCACUUUUCACACUUUUAGAGACAUGGAAAGGAUAUUUAUUAGAGUCCAUCUCAACAGUUCUCUCUCCCGACCCGUUUGCAGUAGAUGCAAUCGUCGUUGUCCAUUCCCAAUAUUUUUCAAAGGGUUAAGACUAAUCUAUUGUUCUCUGGAUUGUGUUAGAAAUCUGCCACGUUUUUCCCUUUUAGUUUGA